UGUGCUUUACAGCUUGAUGCAGAUUGUUUACUAAUAUAUAAACAAUGGCAGAACAGUCUAAAGAAGAUAAGGAAAUUGUUUCCCAUCAAUGCAACUUGUGUAAACUCUCAUACACUAGUGAACCAGAUUUAAGGGAACAUUUCUGGUCAUUGAUGCAUCACAUGAAAAUCGAAGAAAAGAAAAAGAAUUCAUUACACAACUGCACACUGUGCUAUGCAGCCUGUGCCACUAUUAGUGAAUACAGGAAACAUUUGUCUGGAGACAAGCACCAGAAAGCUGUUGAAAAGUAUUCAGAAGAAUGUAAGAAGACAAAAGAGGAAAGGGAGAAACAGUCAACAAGUGUGCCUGCAAACCAACCUUUUGAAGAACCAGAUCAGGAUAUACCUGGUAAUGACAACCCUACUCGUUACGGUAACAACAGCAGCAACAGAGAACAAGCUUGGCAUGACCAUGAUGAUGAGUUGUAUCCCUUUAAUGCAAGAAAUGAACAAAAUCCAGCUUACUCCCAAAGACAGUUUCCCCAGCCUGAUUACCAUAGACAUUAUGGCAAACAGUGGUCCAAACAGGGCCAGUUUAACAACAGGCAUGACUUUGAUGAACGGGAGUAUUACGAACAACAGAGGGAUUUUCCUUCUUACCACUAUUCUGGAUUUAGGCAGCGAUAUAACAGGGAUCCUCUUGAAAGGCCUCCAAGGGAUUUUGGCAGGCCACAUUUUGACCAGCAUGACGAUGAUGACUAUUAUAAGGAGUAUAAUUCCAGAGAUAGUUAUAAAAGAGGCUCGCACCAGUUUGGCAGUGAAAGAAGAGAUUUCAACAAGUACUCACAAAAUGGGCAGAUUGAGAGACCCCCUCGAGACUUUGCUAAGCCAAGCCGGUGGGACCAACCAUUUCGGGAGAAUUUUGGUCGUUCUGAAUAUCCUGAAUACCCUAGUUUUGAUAAUCCUCAUUGGCAUGUGGCACAGUGGGAUAUGGAGCGACCUCCCUUCUUCAACUUUGAAGACGAGAUGAACUACCAUAACAGAAGUAACCGAGAAGGUUCUGGUCCAAGAAUGCCAGAUCCGGCAUUUAGUAGAGACACGCGGGUUCCAUCUGAUGAUUCUUUAAACAGGCCUAAAUCUUUCCAAACCAGUGAGGGGCCAGAAGGUCCAGAGAAAAAUGAGAGCAGAGAAGGAUCUCCUAGUGUGUCCAGUUCAAACCCAGAACCUCUGGAACAAAUGAAUGGACGAAAGAGAGGCAGAGAUGGGGAAGGGGAAUCCUCAGCCUCGAAAGCAUCACGGAAGGCAGAAUUUAUCUCAGAAUUGCGCAAACGCCAAGCUUCUCCUGCAAAUUCACCCAGUCGAGAUUUCUUGAAAACGUCUAGUGACAAUAAUCCAUUUGUCGAGCUGGCGCAUGCAAGUUUGGGAUACACAGAACAGCAGAUGGAUAGCUUGUCAUCAUCAGAUAGGUGUGUAACAUCAUCCAAAGAUUCAGGGGUGAAAAAGGUUAACAGCCCUUUGCAAAGAAGACGAACAGCUACUUCUGUAAGGCCAAGGUUUAUUGGUGGUAAAGUGUCACCCAAAAGUGUGCGUGGUGUGAAAUUUUCGGCAGGAAAAAAGUCAAAUAACAUUCAGACUGAAUCUUCGAAAAAUGGUGAAAGAAAUUCUUCUCGAAAUGGUGUUUUGGAAACAGCAGAAAAACUUUGCAGAGAACUUCGUGAAAAAAGGCAAAAUGCCCAGAGAGAAAAAGAGAAAUUGUUAUUACGCCAAACACAAAAAUCUUUAAACAGUCGAAUUGCUGUGCUGUCUAAAACGAAUCAGUCUUAUUUAAAGGGUCAUCUUUCCCAGAAUGAAUCUGUGUCAUCAGUGUCAGUGUUACCAGAAAGUAGAAUUGCUUUGGAAUCAUCUCAUUCUCACAGCAGCAUUCGUUCUAAUACUGACUUGGAGCAGGCGUCUCGUAGUGAUGAUCCCAGGUUCAGCUCACUGCCUCUUCCACAGAGAUCAGGCAUUGACAAAAUACGUCAUGAAAUAGAAAGUAGCGUUCGAGGAACAAAGAGAUUUGUUAGAUCAUCUUGUGAAACUAGCAGACAGGAGAAACAUCAGGAGGUGCCUCCACAUCUGAAGCCAACAGGAAGACCUGUGGGAAAGGGUAAAGGACCCAUGAGUAAAGAUUCUCUUGCCAAGAUGAUUAACGCACCACGGUCGAGAAAAGAGAGACUUCAGCUGGCACAGAUAGUACGUUCACACAGUAAGACUCAGAACAAGUUGGCGCCCUCCCGUCUCAAUGUACAGUUAAGUGGGUUAUACGACAAUGAUAAUCUGGACUUUGAUGAGGAGGAGAUGUCUGAAAUAACUUUGGAGGAUUUGUCACCUCAGGUGAAAAUGCAGAUUGCACGACUAAUUGAAGAUGAUAUUGUAGAUUUUGAUACCGGGUUUGUGUCGACCAGUCCUAAAACACCACCACAUAAGAAUAGGGCCAACAUAAAUCAGCUGAUGGAAGUGGAUGGUGAUCACAUACAGAGACCUGCAAAGCAGGAGCCGGAAGUAGAAAGCACAGACUUAACACUGGAUGAUUUGGUUAGUCCAUCCCAACCAACGUCAGAGGUUUCAGAAAAUUUGACAGACAAAAAUAAUCAGGGAGAUUCAACUGUUGACUCUGGACAUGUUACUGAUGAAAGAGUUCCAAAUAUUACAUCAAAUGAACAUUUAGAAUCUUCAAUAACAGAUCAGAGUCAAGACAACACUGUAAACCAUUUGUCCCCGGAAGCGAGACCAUCAUCAUUCCAUGAAAUCACAGACUCACGUCCUCAGUCACCACACAUUGCAGAUCCUGUUUCAGAAACAUCGUCGCAGCCUCCGAAUAACAUUUUGUCAUCCAUUCUCUUCCUGUCACAGAAAGAAGAGGAGAAACAAACUGAGCUAGAGAGUGUACAGAUGAGAAUGGGAAGACUUCACAACUGGCUGCAGCAGAUACUUACCCAUCUGGCCAACUUUGACGUCAGACAAACCAAGCUUCAAGAUGAGAUCAAAAGCCUGAGAGAAGAAAGAAUUCAACUCAUAAGCAGUGCUAUGACCGGUUCUGCUGUGACUGUUGUCCCAUCAUCUUCCUGUACAGUGGACAGUUUCAGUAACAGGGUUCUGGAAAGCAUGACUUCAUCUAACUUGCCUAGCACUGGAUUGAACCAGAGCACUGUGGCCACACCUGAACCCUUGACUCAGCAGAACAUUCAUCAGCAAAACACUCAUCAGCAGAACAUUCAUCAGCAAAACAUUCAUCAGCAAAACACUCAUCAGCAAAACACUCAUCAGCAGAUCAACACAGCACCCAGAACAGCAGCAGCUGGUUCUGCAGAACACCUGCUUGAACAGAACAGUGUGUUACAGACAACCGACCAGACAGCAAACACCGGCUUGUUGGAUCAUUCUGACAGUCAAGCUUCGCUGUCUGCUUCCUUAAACAUUAACACUCAACAUCCUAGUUUGUGCAGAUACCAGAUACCAGUUGGUCACAGAGAGUACGACACUACCAGCCAAACACCAGCCACUGUUUUUGCAGUCAGUUCGAUUCAGCAACCAAAUGUUUUCAAUUCUACCAGUCAGUUAUCAACUUCUACCACAGCUGGUGGUGCUACAGCUGCUGGCGACCAACCACAUGUUUUCAGUAUUACUAGUCGGUCAUCAACAUCUGCUGCUGUUUCAGUCAGUCAGCUUCACCAAGCAAGUGUGUCCAGUAUUGCCCAUCAGACUCCAGUGGUUUCUGUAUCGGACCUCUCAGUUUCUGAUCCCACUGCAUCGGCCAAAACUAUCAAGAGAUCAGAUUCUGUUCCUGGUGCAUCAGCUGUCAGUAGGGACAGAAUGUGCAGUUCAAAGAAAAAUGAUCAUCCUGAAAAGCCAAUAAAGGAAGAGAGAGUGAGUCCAUCUUUGUCAGAGGCUGUGUCUUCCAGUGCUGCAAGAAUGCGUAACCCUGUGGCUUCAUCGGGGUCUUCCCAGGUGGAAAUGGAAAAUAAUCCAGGUAUUUUUAAUGUGGAUAAUGUUAGAACUUCAAGAAAAGAUUCUGUAAGUGAGGGAUCAAACUGUGAAACCAUAAAAAAAAUUCUCUCCUCUGGACAGCAAAUGCUGUCACCUUCUGCAAGAAAGUUUACCAGGACACUGUCCGAGUCGGGGAAUCCUGAUUUAUGCCUCACGUCCAGUAGCAGACUUUCUGAGUCAGAAUAUAUGCCAAGUUCACAAAGUCAAGAUGAAGAGAAAAGUACUGCCAUGCCUGUGAAGUACUUAGGAACCUUCAGAGGUGAUUUGGAUAGUACAGAUAUUUUACAAAAAGUAGCUGCCAACCUUGGAGGUCUAAAUAAGGUGAACGCCAUUUCCUACCUUUAUUUAAACCAGAAGGAAAAUGCAGAUGUCCAACAGUUGAUGUCGACAGUAUGUGUGGAUUCAUCUGCGAUUGAUGUAGUUAAUUCUGCAUCAGAGGUUCACUUAAUGGAACUGGACGCUGGGUCAAAUGAUAACAGUACAAGACAAAUGACACCACGAGAAGAAUCAGAUUUAGGGAGUGUAGCAAGUAAGUCUUCAUUAGGAGAGAAGAUCAAGUGUUACUCUCGAGGUGACAUUCCAAGGGCCACACUUGAUACUGCCGAGGCCUGUCUGUCUGAUGGCGAUAAGACCCUGGAAGCCGACGAUUGUGUGCAGAAUUCCGACAACACACCAGGAAGGAUAUUAAAACAGUGCUCGGUUGUGCUACAAAAACUAGAAAUAACCAAACAUGACAUUGUGGGUCAGGAUUUUUAUCUGAUGGACACAGGCUCCUUAUCACCUACGCACAAAAAGAAAAGGAAGACGAAGAAAGAACGUGACCUGAUAUCAAACCGAAAACAUAAAUACUGGGUUAACUCGAGUUCAUCGGAGAAUGCUUCUCAAGAUGAAGAGAAAGGAGAAAAUGUAUCAUCGCUGAAGCAGCAGUUGAUUUUCCAGAGCAAGUCUGAUGAUAACAAUUCUGAUGACUCACAGAACAUAGAAGUAAAAGACACGAAAGAUCCAUUGGUAGAUGAUCGAGGUAUACAUUCAGCUGGAGAUGCUAGCAGCAGUCGAAUUCAAAGUGGUCCACUUGACAGUUUAGGAGCUUCAUCUGUCGAACACAAAAUGAAUGAUAAUUCUUGGCAGAAACAGACAUUGGAAGAAAAAAAAUCAGAUGUUCUUAAAGUUGAUCCCAAGCGGUUGAAGCUAAAACCAGAGAGUGUUGAACCAUUCCGUGCUAAUGUGAUGUCAUCUGUCGGUCUUGCAAUUAAUGAAACAAACAGUGAUAUGGUCUCCACAACUGACAAGAUUUCAUUUGUUGGUGCUCAAACACCAGUAUCUUGUCUUCAAGUAUACCAAAAGGAACUUUACAUUUCUUAUGAAGGAAUGGAAAAUGUAAAAAAAUUUGAUGUGACAAGUGGACAGUUUGUAAUGGAAUAUGAAUCAUCAUAUACUGAGCACCUUGUUGUGUUAAAAACCAAGAUGGAGGAAAUUCCAGUAAAGUUGUUUGUCAGUGGAUCAUCACAGAUAUUGCGAGUAUUUGAUAUUCGGGAAAGUAAACCUAUAGACUCGAUUGCUGUGAGUAGCCCAGUACAGUGUAUGCACUCUUUUGGAUCCUAUGUCUAUCUGGGACUUGCUAGUGGAGAGGUGCAUGUCGUGAGAAAAAAGACUCAUAAAACUAAAGAUGUUUUUAUGAGUGCUGACAAACCCAUUCACAGCAUUACUUCCACAAAAGAAGCAGGACGAGUGCUGCUGUGUAUUGGAGCACAGGACGCGACUAUAUCCAUCUGUGACUCUCACUCUGGUCUCCCUAUCAGGAUUCUCGAAGGACACACAAAGACAGCAUUUUCAAUCAAGGCUUCCCAAGACCAUGUGUUCAGUGGCUCUGGUGACAGAACUGUUAUGGUACACAAUUUACAUACGGGUGACUUGGAAUGGACAUAUUCCGACCAUAAGGGGAUUGUGACCAGUGUGUGGUAUUGGAAUGACUUGUUGUUCUCUGCAGGAUUUGAUGGGUUCAUUCGAUGUUUUGAUUUAGAGAAACGUAUCGUAAAGCAGAUGUACUAUGGUGCUGGGAAAAGUGCGAUCAAGUGCAUGGCUGUAUAUGGUAACAAGCUCUACACUGGUAACCGAAAGGGAGAGGUGGAAUGUGUCAGUCUGGAUCUCGACAAGAGCUGGAGUUGCAGAAGUCCAGGCUGCAAAUAUGUGUUUGGACUGCGAGACCACCUGCUGCAUCACAUCAUAACAGACCACACGCUGCCCAACACCAAAAUGAUGAGGUGUCCGUGGAAGGACUGCCCUCGUUGGAUCUCCACCGAAAACAACACCAAGGUUGUUGAGGAGCACUUAAAGAAACACAUUGAUGACACGGUUAUUGUUAUUGGAGAUGAACCAAAUAUAGCAACAGUUACCCCUAUGAUACACAAAGAGUAAAGACGGAAUGGAAAAACAAUACCAAAUUUAUUGGAUAAUAGCUUUGCUCUAACGUGAUAUAAUGAAUGUUAAUAACGCUGACAACUUGAGCAAAGAAAAUGACAAUCAUACUAGAUGUAUAACCAUUUUAAAAACUGAUUUGUUUUUUAAUAAUACUAGUGGCAUUAAAAAUAUUAAUUAUUGUAACAAUGCAUUUAUAAUAAUUAACAUCAGUUAAUAUUAAGCUAAGGCACUUGACCUUGAUAAGUUAUUAGUAGUGUAGAACUAACCAUGAUGAAACCCUUGUGUAUUAAUUAAUAAAAUAAGGAACAAAUAUUAUUUUUAUUUUGAUGAUGAAAUGUUGGAAAUAAUUGUCAUCAUAUAUAAAGGUCUAUUAAAUAUUGAUAUUAACACAA